AGGCCGCGCCCGGCCAGGGCACCUCUCCUGCCUCUACCCCCAGCCAGGCCGGCGCGUAUGAUGUACGCAUACAGCAGACAGGGUAACACACACACUGGCAGCGCAGCGGUGCGUUACCUCUACUCUCUCUCGCAGCUGCAGGCUGCCGCACAUUGGGCGCCAUUGUCUGCUCUGGCCCCGCCCCUCUCCGCCUCUCCCUUAUCAACCGCCACAAGAGGAAGCCGGCGCCAUUUUGUGAGGUGUUUGGCAGCGGAGAGAACGGGCUGUGGGACGCCGCGUACAGAAUAGCGAGGACGCCGCGACCGCUGGAGGGAGCAGCCGCCGAUUGAUUGCUUGUUCGUUUCCUAGCCAGACACCGGUGACGUUAGAGUGGCAGCCAUGAGUGACACGGAGGGGAAUAACUUCGAGGGCAGAGAGUCCCGCUCCCGUUCAAAGUCGCAUACUGAAAGUGCUGCACGGGCAAAGUCUGAAAGUCGUUCUCACUCCCGCAGUGGAUCAAGGGCUUCAAAAGGGUCUGACUCUAAUUCCAGAUCCAGGUCAAAAUCUCGUUCAAGAUCUAGAAAGCGCUCUCAUAAACGACACUCCCGCUCCAGGUCUCGAUCCCAUUCACACCGAAAACGAUCAAAGAGCAGAUCAUACACCCCAGAAUCUAGACGCCGGAGGAGUCGAAGUCAUUCUCCAAUGUCCAACAGGCGGAGGCACAAUGGCAACAGGAUCGAUUAUGCAAAGGGAAAACUGAGUAAUAGGAGGACUUCCGGGAAAAAUGAUCAUCAGCUUCAUGUUAAAGAGGCAAACCCAGAUCCAAACACAUGUGUGGGAGUAUUUGGCUUGAGCUUGUACACAACAGAACGUGAUCUAAGAGAAGUGUUCUCACGCUAUGGUCCCCUUAGCGGUGUCAAUGUAGUUUAUGAUCAGCGGACUGGGCGGUCACGCGGAUUUGCAUUUGUCUAUUUUGAUCGCAUUGAGGAUUCCAGAGAGGCCAUGGAACACGCUAAUGGAAUGGAGCUGGAUGGGAGGAGAAUCCGUGUGGACUAUUCAAUCACCAAACGAGCACACACCCCCACCCCAGGCAUCUACAUGGGGAGGCCCACCCAUGGAGCAAGUGGCAGCGGUAGUAGCAGCGGCCGGCGUCGUGAUUAUUAUGACCGAGGAUAUGAUCGUGGAUAUGACAGAUACGAUGAGCCUGAAUACAGAUACAGCAGCAGCAGGAGGAGAUCCCCUUCACCAUAUUAUAGCCGCUACAGAUCAAGGUCGAGAUCUCGUUCAUACAGUCCAAGACGUUAUUGAAAGGGACAAGAUGCAGAAUUUUUAAUAUCCGUGCAUCCAGUUGACAAAUACCAUUUUUAGGAAUUUAUUAUGAGCUUUCAAAUCUGAAGUUUUCUGUUAAUACUGUUCUGUGUACCAGAAAUUGCUAGCCAUGCUUUAGUUUGUGUAGCAUCCAACAUCCUGACAGGUGCGAGUAAGCAUUCAGAAAGAGGUGUUUUUUUAUUUUUUUUAUUUUAUUCUUCUUUCCUCUUUGUGGAACUUUAAAAAACUAAGCAAGCAGGAAUACGUUUUUUUUUUGUUUUUUUUUUGUUUUUUCCCCAACCAUCCCACCAAUUUUCAAGCCCUCAAUUAGGCUGUCCCAUUUAUUUUGUGAAAAAACACUUAUUUAAUGAGCAUUCGAAUUGCAAGUUACCGUUUGUUUUUGUGAUGGUUUCUGUGUAUAGUAAAAAUGUAAAAAGACAA